AUGUCAAAGAACACAUUUCCAUUCUCGUCUACCUCACUGCGCUCCCUGAGACUGGAGCAGGAGUUUCAGGAGUGGGAGUCUGCUCGUCAAGCAUUGGCUCAUAGGAGAGCCAUGACCAGGGCCCCUGUGUCCCGGGCUCCCAGGCCUCCUCCAAGACUGCAGGGGCGGCGUCUUCAGGAGGUACGGGCCCCUCCACCUCAGGUUCGGUGCAGAGACACAACUAUCCACAACACCUUCAUGUGUGGGGACAUGAAGGGAGUGUAUGCAGUGCUAAAGGACCCUGGAAUGGUUAAUGCUCUGAUGGAGACUGUGCACGAGGAGAUGGUGUGGGCUCCAGAGAUGGGUAUGAAUCCAGAAAAACCUCUCUUGUUAUCUUGCAUGAAUUUAACACUUAUGGCUUCUCUGUUUUGAGAUAGGCAUGUGGACUCUGAGCUCCAAGGUCAAGCAAACUUCAGCGCUGCGUCUGGCUGCUGGUAGAGGACACACAGGAUGUGUGGAGGAGCUGCUAUUCAGGGGUGCCGAGGUGAAUGCAGACCCUGGAGGGAGCACGGCCCUCCAUGAUGCCUGUGUAGGCGGCCACUCUGCCUGUGUCCAGCUUCUGCUUUCACAUGGAGCAGACCCUGAAGUCCUGUCUGCAGACGGCAGCGCUCCUCUACACCUCUGCACCUCCGCUCAGUCAUUCCAGUGAGUCUUACAGAUAUUUUGACUACUUGGAUUGACAUCAGUGAAAAAUGUUCCAUCUUUUGAGGACAACUCUUCCCAUUUGGCUCAUUGGGGAGCUUUUAACAAAAAGACAAAUGGCUGGUAAAAAUCCAAGAGAGUAACACUUCAAUUCUCAGUAAAGACUCACUUGAAACUAGAUCUGUCUGUUUGAUUUCGAAGGCACUUCUUUAUUCAACCCCCUCCGUAAAAAGGUAGCCCUUAGCAAUUUACAGAACAAGAUUAAAACAGCUCAUACUGAAAACAGAAAAAUAAAACAAAAAUAGGAUUUUUCAAGGAGAGAAAUCAUGAUAAAAACUUAUUUGAUAAAAAGUAAAAACAAAGAAUUAAAGACAGGGAUAAAAUUACAGUGUGAAAAUCAACUAUUCGGACUAAAGACUGAAGCAAAGAAAGGCAAGGUGCCUUAAGCGCCCAUUUUCUAUCUGCUUCUGUGUGUUUGAAAAACUUGCACAAAUUCAUGUAAAUUGCUGCCACAAAUUGGAUGUGAAGUGCACAUUUUGUUCAGUCCUGAUACGUGCACCAGCUUCCUGCUGAAACAAGCUGAGCGGCUUUUUUAGGCAGACUGAACAAGAUUACUGGAAUUGUUCAAGACCUGAGGCCUCAAAAGAAUACAUUCAGGUUUUCUGGGUCCGCCUAAGAGAGAGAUGUCUCUCUACUCUUGCUCUUAGCUAUGUUUCUAGGAUAAAAAGUGAAUUGUCGUUGAUAUAUGUGCUUUAGAGCUUGAGUCAGAGUCCCCCUUUAGGUGUAAAGGACAAAAGUUUGACUGCAUGCUGACGGUUUCUUUCACUGGAAUUUUGUCCAAAAUAUUUAGGUCUGUAUCUUUGAUUGUUUCAGCUGUUGGAAAUAACAUGAUAUACAAAUAUUUUUUAUCAUGCAAACACUGCACUGAACUAUAAUUAAGAGUUGAAAUUGUCCUGGGAUACAGAAUUACAUAAUAGGUUGUCACCAGCUUAAACUCAAAUUGCAUUUUACCACAUUGAUGACAGACUUAACAGGUAGACCUAAAUUAAAUUUUUAUUGAUACCGAUGCUAAUCCGCUGCGUUUACAGAAUAUGUCUUCUGUUCAGGUGUGCCGAGUUGCUCUUAAAUGCGGGUGCAGAGGUCAGUGUGAGGAUGAGGGAGUUGAGAUUAACACCUCUGCACCUGGCUGCACGACGAGGCCUAGAGGAGCAUGUUGAACUCUUCCUCAGCCACGGAGCAGAUGUGUUAGCCACAAAUCAGGAGGGAGAGACCCCGCUGAAUGCUGCCUGCUCUGGUGCCGAGAGGCCCUCUGAGGCAGGUCGGUAUUUACGUGUGAUUCAAAAUCUGCUGGGAGCAGGAGCUGACCCCAGAACUGCAGGCAGGAAGCAGCACACCCCCCUUCACAAUGCCUGUUCAAACUGCUGCCCACGGAUUGUGGAGAUCCUUUUACAGCAUGGAGCAAAGGCAGAUGUAGCCAACUGUGCAGGAUACACACCAAUGGACUGUCUGUUACAGGUAGCUCAUGAGGGCUGGGUGGAUUAGGAUUUUUUAAAUUUGUCUUAAUCUGCAAAAUUUAGAAUCAAGGGAAAGUGAUUGCCCCCAUAUCUUAGGCAGUUGAAUAAAAACCUCACCUUUCCUAUUUUAGGUGGUUGAAGAUUACCCGGACCAGAGACCAGAGGCAGUAGCACAGUCACUUCUUAACUAUGGAGCAAAGCCAGUUCCACCCAAGGUAUGAUGACAUACUGAAAAGUGUUUUCAAACGCCAUCUAUGCCCCCUAAAAUGAAACAUUGCAAGUAGUCAGCACUGAGUUUGCAAGAAAAAUUUGUUUGAUUGUAAAUUCAAAAUAUUAUGUACUGUAAGAAUGUCGUUACACAAGCUCCAUGCUACAUCAACCAACCAAAACAGGAGCCUAUUUAAAUUCCAGUGCUCUGAAGCAACUAAUGUUCUUGUCAUUUCAACUGAAUUUUGACAUGUCACAAGGGAGAAAAAAAAAACACAAAGAAAAAAAGUCAAAACUGAGAAACUUAUUUAAAACAGCUCAAUGCCUGACUACAGAAUUUGUGGGUGAAUAAUGUUGCAGAGCUAGCACCAUCAGUCUUUAGUCCUCAAUGCAAGCAAAGACCUAAUAUCUAUGCUGGGUACACAUUGCUCAAGUUAAUCAAUCAAUCAAUCAAUCAAUCAAUCAAUCAAUCAAUCAGUCAGUCAGUCAAUUAAUUAAUCUUAAUUUAUGUAGCACAAAAUCACAACAAGUGUUAUCUUAAUACACUAAACAAAAAAUCUGGUUCAGACUAUACUCAAUUUACAAAGAGCCAAUGUGAAGAUGGGAUCAAACUGAGCCCCAUCCUGUAAGAUGAGACCUACUCCCAUCCUAUCUUCAAUCUCAUGAGUGAAGCACUUAACAGCAUUUAUCAAGUUAGAGUAGAGAGGAAGAACUUCCUUUGUAUAAGCCAAUCGGCUUCGUUCCCUCCUUGCACUGUUUUUAAUCUGUGCUAAAUAAACAAAUACAAACAAAAAAAUUAACGGGCAGAAACCUCGAGCGGAACCAGACUCAUAUUAGACAGUUAUCUGCUGAGACUGAUCUGGAACACAGCCUACACAUGACUUUAUCUCCUUUAUCAAAAUACUGCCAAACCACUGUGGGCACUGUUGCUAUCUAUUAUUUAUAAAACACUGUGUAAACAUCUGUUUUAAAGGUGCUACCUUAGCGAAAUAAAUAGUAACAUCAUAUCACUUUUUUCUCUUAGGAUGUUUUAGUAUAUUUAGUCUGUAUUUAUUGUAUAUACUUAGUAUUUUUAGUAUUUUUAGUCUGUAUUGUACUUCUUCUUACAUUAAAAUUUAUCUUGUAUUUAUUUGCUGCUGUAACGUGUGAAUUUCCCAGUUUGGGAUAAAGUAUUUCUAUCUAUCUAUCUAUCUAUCUAUCUAUCUAUCUAUCUAUCUAUCUAUCCAUCUAUCUAUCUAUCUAAAGUUAUUAUCUAUUUAACACUUAUUAUAAACAUAGGAAAAAAGAUAUGAAAGUGAAAAAUAAUUUGACGAGGUAUUAAUUAAAAAUUAAGUUACAAAGACAAAAUUACAAGGUAGGUGACUAAUAUUAGGUUUAAAAGCAUCACAGACAGUUGAAUACUUUGCAACAUAAAUGUAUGGUAAAAUACAAUUAUUUAACAUAUAAGUAUAGUUCAUAAAUUCAAAGAUAAUUUAAGUCUGUCAUCACAAUGAUAUAUAUGUUAAUCUGGAUGACAUUGUCCUUUGCUACACUAAUAUCAAGUUAUGCUUUUAAAUCAAAAAGCAAAUAAUCUAAUGUUACCUAAGAUCUGACCAUUACUGAAAUGUGAUAGUAAUACAGACAGAAAUUUGAUCAAAAGGAGUGACAUUUGAGAAAGAAAGAUAUAAAGCCUAUGGUGCAAUACAAGGAGAAAUUAUAUGAUGAAAAACUGAUCAAAUUAUUUAUUUGGGCUUUUCUUUGUCCCCUCUCUAGAUGUUGAAACACUGUGUUCUCUCUCCUGCCACUUUGGAGGUAAUGCUGAAUUCCUAUACAUUCAUCCCUCCUUGUGAGUGGAUGGAGUCCCUGUGCCCUGACGUGUAUGAGGUGAGCUGUCUGCUGUGUUUAUUUACCUCCUCCUCACUCUCUGUUUACAACCUGCUGCUUCACUGUUGGUUUGUCCUUCCUCCCUGCCUCAGGAGCAUCGCUCUUUCUUUGACCUGGUGCGUGAGCGGAGCGGUCAGCCACGCUCACUGCAGCAUCUCUGUCGGUGUGCUCUGCGUCUGAACCUUGGUGCUGGGUGUCACUCAGUGAUAAGUAAACUGGACAUUCCCCACUUUGUGAGGGACUACCUGCUGCUGUGUAAUGACGGGAUGCUCCAGUGA